CGCGUUUUCUCUUUAGUAACUCAUGAUACUAUGAUUACUAUUUCUGGCGUAAGAGAGGACUCCCACGCCCGAUGUUGAGCGGGUGUCGCCUAGUGAGUUGUGAGUUUCUAGUGAAAGCUUCAUCUUGCAACUCGAGCCAAAAAGUCCACAAUCGGGUGACUUGACGUCGGUUUCCGAGCCGCCGUCCCACAGACAUCAACACUUAGGUGCGUACGAAUCAACCCUAAAGGGAUCGGAUCGAAACAUUCGGCAAUGACAUCUUGCAGCGCUCCGACGGCCUUGAGCAAUGCAUCGCCCCGCGCAGGCGGCAGGCAUGCCGUCCUGGAACCCCUUUUCCCGUGGCCGCUCCCCCCGCGCCGCGCGCGAGCGCCUCGCCUCGGCCCGCGCGCUCGCCGCGUCCACGCGCGACCUCCGGGCCGCCGCGGCGGCGGACGACGGGGCCGCGAAGCCGACGCCCGAGCAGGCGCUGGUGGCGCUCCAGGCGCCGCCCGGGGCGGGAAUUCAACCAACCGCGCGUCCGAGGCGAGUCGCGGGCGACGCCGACGCCGGCUCAGCCUGGCCAUCAACCAGCGCCGCGUCGGGCGCGCUAAGCACCGCGCUCGCCGACGACGCGGCCGCGCGGGCCGCGGCGCGACGCGACGCCGCCCGCGCAGGCCGCGCUCGACGAGCGCUGGAUCGCCGCGGCCACGUUCCUCGACGAGGCCUUCCCGGAGGGCUCCGCGGACGGGGCCAAGCUCGCGGGCGCCGUCGCCGAGCUCCGCCUGGACCUGGGCCCGGCGCACGUGGCCGCGCUCGCCGCCGCGGGCCUGGGCGACCGCGCCGCCUUCGCGGCGGCCCUGCGGGCCGCCGCCGCCGCGCACGACGCGGCGCGCGCCGACGAGCUCAAGGCCGCGGCCACGACCGCCAUCUCCGCCGCGAUCACGCAGUUCUCGGUCGCGACGACAACCUCAACGGCGCCGGCCGACGACGGCGAGGAGACGGUCCACCCGCACGCGUACAACGGCUACCUCGCCGUCGUCGCGCACAACCACACGAAGCCGGCGAUGAAGAAGUUCGUCGAGGAGAACGUCGACGUCGUCUCGCUCUUCCCCAUCGUCACGACGCGCUCGACGGGCGCGGUCCUCGAGAACGCCUUCGGCCUAGCGGUGCAGCACAAGACGUGCAGCGGGCCGCUCGGCGGCGACCAGGAGAUCGGUGGCAUGAUCAGCCUCGGCCAGGUCGACGGCGUCCUCUUCUUCCGCGACCCGCUCUCGGCGCACCCGGCGCGGCGCGGCGUCCGCCGCCACGACGCCGCGCCGACGAUGGAUAGACGGGAACCCCCGCGCGCAGCACGACGACGACAUCAAGGCGCUCAUGCGCAUCUGCGACGUCCACUGCAUCCCGACGGCCAACAACCCGGCGAGCGGCCGCGCCGUCGUCGACUACCUCGCAGGCGUCGCGGCCCGGCGCGCCGACGACAUCACCUCGGGCGCGGCGACGGCCGCGGCCGUCGCCGCCCGCCGCGCGGCCGCGCCCGACUCGGACGUCGUCGCGCGCUACAAGGCCGGCCAGGCGAAGGUCAUCGCCGACGCGUCGAAGUA